UUAAGUAAUAUUCCUGUCCAACUCAACUGCAGCUCUGAAGGUGAAACGACAGAGUUUUCUUCUUACGCCAUUUUACACUUCCAAGCCUCGAUUGAUCUCCGUUCAGCCCAAGUUAUGGUUCUCUCCUUUGAUUUGAAGGAUUUUAUUAUCCGUGCUCGAGUGCUGAAGUUGUACAGACAAGCUCUAAGGACGGCUCGAAGAGCCCCGGAACAAGCUGGAGCUGAAUUGAGGCAGACGAUGAGAGAAGAGAUGGAGAAACAUCGUGACUGCAACGACAAACAGAAGAUUCGUUACUUGAUUAGUGAAGGUUUAGAGAGAUUAAAACGUCUGAAUGAGAUGCUUGACAUGCAGGGUCACUCUUAGAAACUGCAUUUGGAACGUCCAAGGACAUGAAACUAAUGGAAUAUUGAGACAAAUGACAAUGCAAGCUACAAAGAUGGAAGUUCUGUUUUUUGCACUUUUUGUAGUUUUAGUCUCUGUAUCUUUCAUUGGAGCCGGUUUUUGCCAUUCUAAACUGUGGAAAUAUUUAGCAAUUUUCACUUUUUGUUACGGAUUAAGAAUUUGUUUAUUGUUAUGAUUUAUAUUAUAUCCACUCUGCUAAACUGCCCUCAUACCUUGUUCUGUUAUGAUGGCUGUAGUAACUGCAGGCAUUUGAUCCCAAAUAUCGUUGUUACUUUUCAUUUUAGUCAUGCGAGAAUGGGAUUAAAUUACAUGUGAGACCAAUGAGAACAAAAUUGGAAUAAGCCCGCUUUCAAAAUUGGGGAAAGGACAAGCUCCA